GAUCAUAAAAGAGAAUGAAUACAUUUCUGUUGCUUUUCUUUUCUAUUUUAUGUUUCGUGACAGGACAAGUUACAACUACAAAUCAAAAUGGUCAUGGAAUGACCUGCUGUCCUGCUCCAUUUAGUAUAUACGGACUGGCUAGUGACUUGAACACUUCAACAAUAUUUCCAGGGAACACUUUGAAUCUCACUGUUGUAAGCAAUGGACGAGCUGAGGAGAUAUUAACAAUACCUGGUGUACAAGUGGAGCUGAAUCUAAACACACAAAUACUGAUACUACCAUUACUGGUUGGAGCUAAUAAGAAUAACAUUCAGUUUAAUACUACAUUCACUUCAGGAAAUACCAGUGUUCUAUCAGACCCUGUUGUAAUACCUAAUAUCAAUAUAGCUCCAACUGCUAACCCAAUCAGGAUUCAGAUCAUAUUUGAUUGCGUUGGAAUACAACAGACUGCAAUAGUAGUGACUGUUAAUAUCACACUGUUUGAUUUAGAUACUAGAGAACUAUAUUGUCCCAUUAACUUUUUAUUUGGGAAAGAAUGUCGAGAGAAAGGUAAUGUAUCACAAGAACAAUUACAAGAGUUUGAAGAAAGACAAUAUGUUACAGGUGCUACCAUUCCUCCGUACACAGUAAUGUGUAGCCCUACCGUAACUCCAACACCUUCCAAUGAAAGAAGAACUUUUCUGAUCCUGCUACUAGCUGGAGGAGUAGCUCCUUUUCUUGCAUUAGUCAUUCUGUGUAUUGCAAUCACAUUAGUUUGCUGGUUAGUGAGGUAUGGUAGGUUAAAAAAGAAGCAUAGACAAUUGCUGAGAUUGGAGGAGAUUGGAGCUGCUUAUAAUCAAGAGAGGGAGAGAUGGAGGCCGAGAAGAGAGCCACACAAGAAAGAGUUCUCACCAGACAAGUUGGAAUUAGUUCGUGAGCUUGGAGAGGGAGCCUUUGGAACAGUUUAUGAAGGAGAAGCACGAGAUAUUUUAGAAGAAGGUGUCGUUACACCAGUUGCAGUUAAACAGCUUCGGAACUUAAGUGCAAAGGAAGACUUCUUUCGUGAGGUAUCAUUCAUGUCUAAACUUGAUCAUGAGAGAGUCAUAAAGUUACUUGGAGUCUGCAGUCAAAGUGAGCCUUUUGCCAUGAUCAUAGAGUAUAUGGAUCUUGGGGACUUGUGCUCAUUUCUGCGUGACACUGCUCAGCUAAGAGAUGAAUCCUCUAACACUGAUGUACUGGUACCAUCUCAACUAGUCGACAUUGCACAUCAAAUAGCAGAAGGAAUGAGGUACAUUGCUUCAGUUAAUCUAGUGCAUAGAGACUUGGCCGCUAGAAAUUGUCUAGUAUCAACUGGUCUGGUCAUUAAAAUAGGAGACUUUGGACUGUCGAGAAACCUUUACGACUCGGACUAUUACAGAGUAGAGGGCUCAACUCUACUACCAAUUAGAUGGAUGGCACCAGAGUGCGUACAGUAUGGUAAAUUCACUGAAGCAAGUGAUGUCUACUCGUUUGGAGUCUUACUAUGGGAAACCUUCACUUAUGGAGAGCAGCCAUACGCUGGUCAUUCAAAUGAGGAUAUUGUGAAGAUGAUCACUACAAGACAGUAUCUGGUGAUACCCUCAAACGCUGUUCUUGGUGACGUCAUGAAGGAUUGCUGGCAAUGGAAGCCAAAAGAUCGGCCAUCGUUUAAUGAACUUUGUAGUCUAUUGAAGACAAUACUGCAUGACAUGAAAGACUGAAAAUAAUAAUAA